CUUAACAACAAUCGCAGGAGCAUUUCUUUUAAACCAGUUUCUAUUGUUUACGGAUCAGUUUAUUGGGAUGAGUAUUCAACAUGUCGGGACGAUGCGGAUUACGGUAACACGACGUUGGUAUGUGAUCCAUCACAUCGCCUAGCGAAUAUCACCACGUCAAAACUUACGGAUAUGCUAAAAACACUGCAGUGGAGAAUAGGGUGCGAGUGUGUUGAUGGAUGUCGACGAGCCAAUGGAAGAGAUGAAUUCAUCGGGCUUCUACAUGUAACAAGCACUAAAGCUACGGACGACUUAAAAUCUGAAAUGGAGAAAGAAUAUGCGGAUGCGAAACUUGGAAACGUCACCUGCGACAACGGAUUGUUGCUUGUCUACCUGAAAGAUGCGCAAAAGUUGGCUACCUAUCGUGGCGGUGAUUCUUUUGUGCUGUUGACCGACGAGGACAUGGAGAAGUUACACCAGCUCGCACAGAACUACGACGCCGAUAAUACGCUGGCGUUACAAUUCCUCUUGAACAACUACAAAGAUGUGGUCGCCAACCCUGUACAACGAGCCGAAUCAUGGCUGCCAAUCAUCGGUCUUAUCGCUGCGAUUCUUAUUGUGUUGUGUGUCACCGGUGUACUGUGUUCGAUGUUCAUGGCAAAAUUUUGUUGUUGUUGUGCGAAACGAAACAAAGAAGUCUAUCAUGUGAACACUUUGCCAUCAUACAAAACUAUUGAGCCGUUGUACGUCGUCACACCGCCUGGAUAUUUGGAAAACUCGGUGCUCCGAACAGAUUCGAAUCCUCAAUUACCCUUUCUGUGGGCUCACGUAAUACCCACUGCUCCACUGAUGCCCUCGUUCUGCCUUUCCCUCAGACAGUCGUCUAUCUAA